CGGCCCCACCUGCCUCACCAGGUCUGUUGGGGGGGGGGGAGGAAGGGAAAGGAGCUUGUAAGCCACCUUGAGUCUCCUUACAGGAGAGAGAGGUGGGACAUAAAUCCAAACUCUUCUGCUUCUUCAGAGUCACUCCAUUCUAAGCCCAUGGAAAUCAAUGAACUUACACUGCAGUAACUCUGUGGAGGACUGUACUGAAGUGAUCGACAAAUACACAGCCGUUGUCAGGAUGAUCGAUUCUGGGGACAAACUGAAACUCGACCAGACCCAUCUGGAAACGGUGAUUCCAGCACCAGGCAAAAAGGUGCUCGUUCUGAAUGGCGGCUACAGAGGAAACGAAGCUACUUUAGAAGGCAUAAACGAAAAAACCUUUUCAGCCACGAUACUCAUCGAAACUGGUCCUCUGCAGGGACGCCGAGUAGAAAGCGUGGCCUACGAAGACAUCUCCAAACGGGCUUGAGCGGCAAAUGCGAGACGGACUCUCGAAAAGCAUCCAGCUUAAAGAAGCCCAAAUCUGACCGCUACGGCGCCGGCGCUGGAGUUUUAAAACUAGACUGCGGAAUCGAGCAAGCAAGCAGGGUCUUUUUCAGAAAGGCAGUCUUGGACAAUAAAUUUCUUGCUUUCUAAACCACUUCUGAACUCUCUGAUGUUUUGAUAUUUAAUAGUAUUAGCUCACUUAAACGAGGCUAUUUCCACUGGUUAAGUAUUGCCCGCCAUAAAAGACUUGGUUGGAA